AUGAAUAAACGUGUGUAUGUGACUGGAUUGUUUAUAUUGCAGUGUUCUAGUAUUAUUACUUUAGAGGAAAUCGGAAUGGAGAAAAUAUUCGGACCAUGUACGACUUAUGAACAAAGGCAUGAAUGGUAUCAAUAUUACGAUGAUAAACCAAUUAGAACAUUUAUGUAUAUGAAUAUAUCUGGAAGUUUAGUUAGCAAUACUAACUUUAUUCUGUACUUGGAACCAUUUGACAACAACAGUAUCGUUCGAUCUAAUCUCUGCCUCAACAAAGUGCAAAAUGCAAUACAGAAUAAAAUAAUUAUGCUAUCCCUGGGGAAUGAUGAAAUACAUUCUAAUGCUACAAUUAAAAAAUAUAGUGACACUGGACCCACGGCGAUUAAAUGCGACAAAUACAAGAAUGAUACAAAUGUCUAUGUCAACAUGGGCACGAUAAAAGCUACAUCAAAUCAAAUUACAACAUAUGCCAGUAAUCAAGUAAAGAUGACAUUCAACAGAUCGUAUGAUAACGCAGUUGUCUAUUGCCUAUAUUAUGUGAGAACCGGCAAUGAUAAGGUCAUCAAUGUCACCCGUUACGUCACCAAAACACUGCUGGUAUACGAUGACCUAGAAGACCUAAAUCAUGAAAUCAACGGUCAACAGAUGUACGUGAUUGCUUUUGGCGUAAUAAUAGUUGUUGCAUUAGUAACUACAAUAGCUAUACUUUAUAGAAGUCGUUGCCGUAAAAAAAUUGAAAAUGACGCGGAUCGAGUGUCAUACGUCGAAUUGGACGUUCCUGAUCCAGUUAUUAACUUGAAAAUGAAGGAAGAAUCGCCGUAUGCACAAAUUAUUGGAGAGAUAAAAGCCCCGAAACUUGAUAGCAAACCGACUAAAUACUAA